UUGCUCCUAUUGAUCAUGUCUAUGGUACACUGGGUAUUGUGGGAGCUACCUCCACACAGCGCUACUCUGACAUAUCAAAACUAAGAGAAGAAAUAGAGGGACAAGGAUCAUUCACUUUAUUUGCACCAAGCAAUGAAGCCUGGGACCAAUUAGAUUCAGAAAUUCACAGGAAUUUGGUUGACAAUGUAAAUAUUGAACUGUAUAAUGCUCUCCACCACCACAUGUUAAACAAGCGCAUGUUGACAAAAGAUCUUAAGAAUGGCAUGACCCUGGUAUCUAUGUAUAAUGGCCAGAAAUUGCUUAUUAACCAUUAUCCUAAUGGGGUUGUUACUGUUAACUGUGCCAGGAUCAUCCAUGGCAACCAGAUUGCUACCAAUGGUGUUGUCCAUGUCAUUGAUCGUGUCCUGACUGCUGUUGGAAAUACCAUUCAAGAUUUCAUUGAAGUCGAGGAUGAUCUUUCAUCGUUUAGA